ACGAAGAAGAAGGAGAAGGAGAUGGGAGAAUCAAUGGAGAAGCAGGAAUGGGGUUUCAAGGAGAACCAUGAGCUGCAUGCUGCUGCAGCUUUCACCAUCAGACACAUCCUUCAAGCCAUCAUCGAAAACAUCGAUGAACCACAAACUGGGAAAUCAGUGAUUCAUCUGGGACAUGGAGAUCCUUCUGCUUUUCCUCUCUUUCGAACACCAACAGUUGUUGAAGAUGCUCUAAUUGCAUCCAUUCGAUCUGCUCACUUCAACUGUUAUCCUCCUGGGGUUGGAAUUGCUCCUGCAAGAAGUGCUGUUGCCAAGUAUCUAUCAAGAGACCUUCCCAACAAGUUAACAACCGAUGACGUUUUUCUCACAGCUGGAGCAAACCAUGCCAUUGAAAUCAUACUAACAGUUCUAGCUCGCCCCGGUGCGAAUAUACUGUUUCCUAGACCUAAUUAUCCAAUAUACGAAGCACGAGCCAGGUUUAGCCCACUCGAGGUCCGUCAUUAUGAUCUCAUCCCCGAUAAAGGUUGGGAAGUUGAUCUCGAUGGCGUCAAAGCAUUGGCGAACGAUAAAACUGUGGCUAUAGUUCUCAUCAACCCAGGCAAUCCUUGUGGAAAUGUUUUCACAUUUGAGCAUAUGAAAAAGAUUGCAGAAACAGCAAGACAGCUCGGGAUUCUGGUGAUAGCAGACGAAGUUUAUGCCCAUCAAGUGUUUGGAGAAAAACCAUUUAUCCCGAUGGGGGUAUUUGGAGAUAUAGCGCCAGUUGUGACGCUUGGAUCAUUAUCAAAACGAUGGGUCGUUCCUGGUUGGCGUUUUGGUUGGAUAGCAAUAACCGAUCCCAUCGGCAUUCUUCAACAAACUGGGAUUGUUGAUUCCCUAACGAGUUGUCUCGCAAUAACAGCGGAUCCCCCUACUGUGAUCCAGGGAGCCGUUCCUUCCAUCAUAGAGAACACAUCGGACUCUUUUUUCUCGAACAUAAACAAGUUACUAAAGGAGGCCGCGGACAUACUUUACGAGGGACUUAAAGAGAUACCUCUUGUUGCAUGCCCACAUAAACCCGAGGGAUCCAUGUUCGCAAUGGUGAAAUUGAACAUACCAGGUUUUGAUGAUGUAGUUGAUGAUACAGACUUCUGUAUGAAGUUGGCCAAAGAGGAAUCACUGAUCGUUUUUCCAGGGGAUGCUGCUGGUUUGAAGAACUGGGUUCGAGUGAGUUUUGCAGCAGAGCCGGAAGUGCUUAAAGAUGCAAUUCGGAGGAUGAAAGCGUUUUGCUUAAGACAUGCAAAACAUUACUAGGAAACUAUACGAUUGCCAUUGAAAUCUCGAGGCCCUUUCUUCUUCCAAUAAUUUGCUAAAACUAGAUUGCUUUGGUUUAUACCAGGAUGACUAGAAGGCAUCUUCAGAUGAAAUCUCAAUGAUUUUCUU